AUGCCCCCCAAGCACAACAAGGACCUUGAGGAUGCUGUGCAGGCUCUCACGGAGCAUCUCAACACCAUUACUCAGCAACAUGAUCAACGUAUCGACCAACUCCAGGCAGCCAUGGCUCACCGUCAUGAUGCUCUCACUGGUACCAUUGCCACCCUGAUUGAGAAAGUUCAAGCCCUUUCUACAAUUAAUCCAAACCACGGUGCUCCCAUUCACUCCGCCAACACCUCUACAACCCCACCUGUGAUUCCCAUGACCCCUGGGCCCUCUUCCAACACCACACAACCUCCAGGUUUCUCCCCUUUUCCCCUAUUUUUUACCCCAUUUCCUCAUAACCCUGGGCCUUCCCAUAACCCAUUUCAACAAUUUUCAUCAUAUACGCAUAGCCCUCCUUCCAACCCAACCCUUCGCCUUCCUAAACUCCAAUUAUCCCCUUUUGAUGGAUCACAUCCUUUAGAUUGGAUUUUUCAAGCCGAGCAAUUUUUCUUGUUUCACAAUGUGGCCCCUGAGCAACGUUUGCCUAUGAUUUCGUUUUAUAUGAAGGGUGAUGCUUUAAGUUGGUUUAAAUGGAUGCAUUUUAACCACCAGCUGCAGGAUUGGGAGUCAUUUACUCGUUCUUUAGAGCUGCGAUUUGGGCCGUCGUCCUAUGAAAACCACCAACAAAUGCUAUUUAAACUUCGCCAAAAGGGCUCCGUCAUUGAUUACCAGGUGGAGUUUGAACGCAUCUCAAAUCGCGUAUACGGUUUAUCUCCUGACUCUAUAUUACAUUGUUUCAUCUCUGGAUUAUUACCUGAAAUUCAAGAGGAAUUAGCCCUUCACCGUCCCCAAUCCAUCAACCAAGCCAUUGACCUUGCUAAACUAGUUGAAUCCAAAUUAUCAGCUUCCAAAGCUCGAACCUCCACUCGCAUUGUUCCUCACAAACCUUAUUCUUCCCUUCCACCACCCAAACCCUCCCUACCAGCCCCCCCGUCUUCCCCAGUUCCUUCUACCACUACUUCCCCCACUCUGCCUGUCAAACGUUUGACCCAAGCCCAACUCCAAGAGCGACGUGCCUUGGGAUUGUGUUAUAACUGUGAUGAGAAGUUUCACCCCACUCACCGUUGUAAGCCCAAACAAUUUCUUCUUCUUCUCACAGAAGACGCGGACCCUCAUUCCACUCCCCCGAUUUUUGACCCCUCUCCUCCUUCUUCCCCAACCCACAUAGACUCCACCCUUCUUUCUCUCCAACUUUCCCCUCAAGCACUUAUAGGUUCCCCUUCGCCCAAAACCCUCAGGUUUCUAGGGUCAAUUGCGGGUAUUACUAUUACUAUUUUGGUGGAUACGGGCAGUUCCCAUAAUAUACUACAACCUCGAUUAGCCAAUCACCUAAACCUUUCCAUUCACCCAAUUUCCCCUUUCCAGGUUAUGGUUGGCAAUGGUGACACUAUUCCAUGUACGGGCUUUUGUCCUAAUGUAGAUCUCACCAUUCAAUCUCACAAAUUUAUCAUUCCUUGUUAUCUUUUACCCAUUGCCGGGGCAGAUUUGGUUUUGGGUAUUGCUUGGUUACAAACAUUGGGGUCCAUAGUUUCCGAUUUCUCCGUUCCAUGCAUGACCUUUACCCACGAUCAUACCCUUAUCACCUUACUGGGAUCUACCAACCUACCUCCCCACUCAGCUUCCUACCCACAAAUUCUCCAAUUCCUACACAAUGACGCCAUUACCUCCUUACAUUUAUUAACUUUUACCCAGAUACCUUCACCAGAUCCUGAACCUACUAACCUUCCAAACUUCAUUUCCCACCUUUCCCCAGAUUUUCAAAACAUAAUUCUCCAAUACUCUAGUGUUUUCCAUACGCCCCACGGAUUACCACCAGUUCGUUCCCAUGACCACCACAUCACCCUCCUCCAUUGUUUCUGA